UCCAAGGGAAAGCCCGGAGCGGCCAGAGUGUUUAUUGCCCUUGAGCAUCACCUCCCUCCCCACCGCGCUUGUGUCACUGGUGCCCACAGCCCCUUCCCUGGGCCGUGUGACCCGUGCUCUGGCGCUUCAGCUCCUUGUCUUGUCACUGUCCCCAUCAGCCCAGGUCCCUGGGGUCGGGGUCCCCGGUGCCAGCGCAGGAUUUACCUCCGGGAGCCGUUUUGGGCAGCCCUGCUGCGUGCCGGCGCUGAGGGUGCACGUGGCGGGGGUUCCCAGCAGGGUGGCACCGUGCCCACGGCCGAUCGAUGGCUGCAGAUUAAGCAACUAUUUUUAUUUUCCAGCGGUACUUUUUUCCCCUUGUCAUGGCUCUCGCCCUUGGUGCUGCGAGCAGGCGAGCGGCGGGGACCUCGCCCGGCUCUGUGGCGGCAGGAUGAUGGACGUGGCUUCUCCCAGAGCUGCAGGAUGGGCUGUGAGCUCCACACCACCGAGGGACCGGCAGGAACCCAACGGCUCUUCCCAGGACAGUGGUGUUACGACUCGCAGGACCCCAAAUGCGGUCCCAGCCACUGGAAGGAGCUGAAAGCCACGUGUGGUGGUGACAAACAGUCCCCGGUGAACAUCGACAGGCGCCGGCUGCAGCGGGACGCCGGCCUCGGGGACAUCCUCUUUGAGGGCUACGACCAGGCUCCCCCGGGCAAGUGGAGGCUGGCCAACGACGGGCACACGGUGAUGCUGAGCCUGGCGAGCGAGUUGGCCUCUGAACACAUCACCAUCAGCGGGGGGGGCCUCCCCGGCAGGUACCGUGCUCUGCAGCUCCACUUCCACUGGGGCAGCCCCGCCAGGAACGGCUCCGAGCACACCCUUGAUGGGCACCAGCUCCCCAUGGAGCUGCACAUCGUCCACAUCAACGUCAAGUACCGGACGCUGGCGGAAGCCAAGGGACAUCCCAACGGGCUGGCCGUGCUCGGCUUCUUCUUCCAGGUCUCUGAAACCCCCAACACCAACUACAACACCAUCGUGGCGGGGCUGAGGAACAUCUCCCACGCCGGGUACUCCGUGGAUUUGGCCUCUACCUUCCGCCUGAGCACCCUGCUGCCCCACACCGGGCGCCUCGCCGGGUACUACCGCUACCAGGGGUCCCUCACCACCCCCGACUGCAGCGAGGUUGUCGUCUGGACCGUCUUCGAGGAGCCGGUGGAGAUCGGACGGGAGCAGCUGCGGGCGUUCGUCAGCACCCUCCACUUCCCGGCCACCGGCUCCACGCUCCUAAAAAUGACCAACAACUUCCGUCCGCCGCAGCCCCUCCACAGCCGCAAGAUCUUCGCCUCCAGGGCGGCCACGGCCAGCGGAGGGUCCCCCCACGGGGGCCACCACCAGCUCCUCUCCCCCCUGCUCCUCCUGGCCCUGCUCGGCCCCUUCUCCCCAAACCUGUAGGAGCAUCGUCCCGCUGCAACGGUGAUGGGGGGGCAUUUAUUCCAAGCUGGAAUAAAGCCGAGGUCCUCA